AAGAGGCUUCUUGUGCCAAGGUCAGCUUCUGUACUCAUCAUGUAUGUAAUAAGAUAAUAAAAAAAAAAAAAAGUUUAGAUAGUCCUUUGUUUAGUAAGUUUAAUAACAGGUAGAAAGCUCACCAAAAAUCGGACAACAUUACAAUAAAGAAAAGGAAAAACAAAUAAUUCUGAGAAUAAAUACGAAAAAACUUUGAACUGCUCGGAAGCUCAACAAAAGGCGAGACGAGAGAGAAGAGGACGAAAAAAAUCGAAUCUUCUAAAAAGAAGAGGAAGGAGACGCCAAGUUUACUUGAAUGGAGCCUCCUCCAGAAAGAUCGAAACGCCUCCACAACUUCACCUUACCUUACCUCCGCUGGGGUCAACAAAGAUUCCUCAGAUGCGUCAAUCUACCAUCACAUUCCCAUCAUCCAUCUCCUUCUUCUUCUCCCUCUCCAGAUCACGCAAGCCAGAGAUCUUUCCCCAUCGAUGGAGCUGUGGCGACGGCUCGGCCGUGGAAUCUAAGGACGAGAGGAGCUGCGUGUGGUGACGGAUUGCCGGCAAUGAAGAGAGGUAUAGGCGAAGAAGAAUCGGAGAAGAAUGAGAAACUGAAAUUCUCGGUUUCGUUGUUGAAAGCAGAGAUUGAAGAGGAUUACUCAAUUAUAAUUGGGAAAAGACCUCCGAGGAGACCUAAGAAGAGACCAAGAAUUGUUCAGAAGAAACUCAAUACGAUUUUUCCGGGGAUGUGGUUGUCAGAAGAAGUUACAAUAGAUUCAUAUAAUGUCCCUGAAGCUGUGGAAACGUGACAAAGGUCUUAACUUCCUGUGUUAUCUUUGUUUUAUUGCUUCUUGAGACAUUCUCAAGCUCGUAUUCACCAGUUUAUUCAUAAUGUUACGAUUGUAUCUUCACCAGACUAGUUGUAACCUCCAGCUGUUUGUUUUAUUAGGAAUGCGCAGUGUGUGUAACGUUUCUUCCGUUUAUUAUCCAUCAAGCAUUAAAGAUGGCUCGAGUCUUGAUGAUAUACUGUUGUAGUCUUGUUGUUGCCAGUGCUGGUAUAUUAAUAGCUAUGCAAGAUUUCUUGUUCUCGAGUAUGUUUCA